UGGUGUUGUUCAGGACCUGGCUGUUGUAUCUAAUUUUAUUUUUACUAAAAUGUUGUGCUUUUCAACGCCAUGUUAGCUUGCUAGCUUUCUGGACAUGGCUCCUUUACCCGAACAAGGACGUCGACAGUCGGACUGCGACUAAUGCCUUACCCUCCUUCCCUUGCCUUGCACCAGAGGAGCUGAGAACAAGAUGCUGCUGAAGAUGCCCCAGAAGCUGCUGAAGACUGCCCACUACAUAGAGCUGGGCAGCUACCAGCACUGGCCCGUACUGAUACCCCAGAGGAUAAGACUUUACACCUAUGAACAAAUUCCCCUCUUCCUCAAAGAAAAUCCCUACAUCACAGACGGCUAUAGGGCUCACCUGCCCUCCAAGCUCUGCCUUAAGAGCAUUUUUAUUCUGUCCAAUGAGACAGUGAAUAUCUGGAGCCACCUGCUUGGCUUUCUGCUCUUCUUCUCUCUGGGGGUCAAUGACCUCUCCUCAGUACUGCCAGCCUCUGGAGCUAACAGAGAGGACUACGUCAUCUAUGCUAUUGGACUGUUCUGCUUCCAGGUGUGCAUGUUGUGUUCAGUGGGAUAUCACCUGUUUUCAUGCCACCGAUCAGAGAAGACGUGCCGUCGCUGGCUGGCAUUAGACUACGCAGGCAUCUCUGUUGGCAUCUUGGGCUGCUAUGUACCUGGGAUCUUCUACGCGUUCUACUGUAAUGCUUUUUGGCGACAGGUCUAUUUGCUGACGGUGCUCUCCCUGAUCCUGGCCGUCUUCUGCGCUCAGGUCCACCCUCGUUACCUCAGUAACGACUGGCGACGGAUACGCAUGGCCAUCUUCUGCUGUGUGGCUGGCAUAAGUGUGAUUCCUGCAUGCCACUGGGUCUUGCUCACUGGUGGAUUUACGUCUGAUGUCGUGCAGCUGUUCCUGCCUCGCGUGAUAGUGAUGUACCUUAUUGCUGGAUCUGCCUUCCUGUUCUAUGUCACCAAAAUCCCUGAACGCUAUUUCCCUGGUCAGCUGAACUACCUGGGCGCCAGCCACCAGUUGUGGCACAUACUGGUGGUUGUGAUGUUUUACUGGUGGCACCAGACCGCUGUGCACAUCAUGCACUUCAGGCACACACAGCCUUGCCCGACCCGCACCAGCAGGAGCUAAGUGAAACUGAUCAAAUAAUGUUGUUUAAAGGCUAAUCGGUUGUAGGUUAAUAACCAGUUAAACGCACUGUUAAUAUUCAAAACCCUCUAACCACAACAGCUGCUGGUUAGAAGUUACUACCUAAAGGUCUGUCAAACACUAACUACCAGGAGCUCCUGACUAUUAGCUGCUAAAGCUGAGAGUGUGAUAGUAAUGAGCAGCUAAUACUUUCACUGAGCUGCUGGUUUCUGUUUAUAUGCUUGUGGCCUGGGCAGCUGUUAAAGGCCAGUAACCUUUCUUAAAGUCUCCUUUAACAGUAGUUAUCAGUAAACAGUGGCUACAAGACUUAAGUUAUCCUGACAAAAGGGCAAUAGACCACAGCCUGUGAUGUUUGGUAGUUCCAGGCCAUUGGCUAGUAGUCAGAAGACCUAAGUUUACCCUUCAGGGACUGUAAACCGAUGUCAAAAGUGAUGCAGCUGCCCCCCCAC